AUGGUACUCGAUCCUAUCCAUGACCACGAGAUGGAUCAACUCCCAUUCACCCCAACACCGGAGACGACCUCCAGGCCCAACACUCCGCAAGCCUACAAUUUGCAAGAGGAUACUGGGAGGAUACCAAAGGAUCCUGGGAUGAUCCCAAUACCUCCAUCACCUCCGAUGACCAGCAGUUCUACACCGACGAGUACAACCGACUCAUCGAGGAACGAACUCUGGAAGAAGGUAGUGGAAGCAAUGGUGGCAAGGGACGUGCAACAAAAGGAACAGAGUGGCGAAGAACCACCUUCAAAGGAAUCGAACAAGGAGGAGGACAAACCACAGUCAGAAAAACUGACACAAGAGGACAUCGAAGAGAUGAAUCUCCAGAGUCGUUUGGAGAUGCUGGACCCAUGCUCCAUGCCUCAGAGCUCGACGGGGGAAUCUACUCCUCCGCCAGCACUCCAAGAGAGGCAUGGGGAGUCCACACUUGGCCGGACAUUUCCUCUCAAGACUCAUAUGUCAAGGGAGAUGUCUCCCGUUGGAGCCCAGACACCGGCUCCUCCUGUGAGACAGAAAUCAUCCGGCUCGAAUCUGAAGUCGCCUCCAAGAGGUCCGCUUGCCUCUGUAGCCGGGUAUAUCAAUGGUAUCACCAAGUCGCUUUACAACUCGCAUGCAGCAUCCACCAACUGGCCAGGAAAGAAAGAGGAGUGGCUGAGGAAAAAGGGACACUGGAUUGGGGAUUGCUCAUUCCAGUGGAUUCCUGGAUCACCCCUGAAGAGGGAUCCUGGGACCUACCCCCCAUGCACUCUGACUCAACUGCCGACGACACCUGGCACUCAGUUGCCGGGGACCGCUGGGAAUCCUCCUGGCCAGACACCUCGUAUGAGGCCAUAUGGCCCAAUCCCAUGGCUCGAACAGCCAUCAACGAAGACCUAUGGGACUCACUUCCCACCCCCGUACUCCUGGGAAGGGAAUACUGAACCAUCCCGGAAGAAGAAGAAGAAGGGGAAGAUAGUGAUACCUCCCCCGACACCUCCUCUGACAUGGACGAAACCAUCCAUGUCUUUGGUGCUGAAUUUCAGCACUGAAGACAUCUUCAAUACAAAGAAACCAGGGGGAGACUGGACCAAACCGCACCUACCAACUGAGGUGUUUUGGACCACGUCACUUGACCCUGAACUGGGAGAGACAGUUCCCCCUCUCUCAAGGAACAGAGGCGCAUCGCGCCCUGAAGAAAUAAAUGAAGAAAUAGACAUGGAUCAUCUCAAACAAGAAAGGUUCGCAAAUGUGAUCCACAAAAGAAGUGGUUCACCAAGAACUCCGAAGGAAGGAGGACCCGCUUCAUACAGCGACAGCAAAUGGAAUUCACGGAAGAACGAUGCCUUCGCUGUGGAUUCCCUGGACAUACUAGAUGGGACAACAAAUGCCCGUCUGACAGGUCCCAAUGGUGCUCUGCUUAAAAAAGCAGAGCAAAAACUCCUCAACGACAAGCGCUGA